AUGACGGAAGUGACGAGCGCCUGGCAAUGGCCGUCCCGCAGGUACCCGAACGGCUGCUGGGUAGCCGGGCGGCUGCGGACGCCCGUGUGCCGUGAGACCCGACCACACACGCUAUCAGAUCCUUUAUAUUUAAAAUACACAGAAAUGAAAAGAAAGGUAAUGAACACUGGAAAACUGAGAUUGAGUCCUAAUGAGGAAGCCUUCAUUUUGAAGGAAGAUUAUGAAAGAAGACGGAAACUAAGAUUGCUUCAGGUUCGCGAACAAGAAAGGGGCAUUGCCUUCCAGAUCAGAGAAGACAUAAAACAGAGGCGAAAUCAGCAGUUUUCCCGUUUGGCUGAGGAACUAAGGGCAGAAUGGGAAGAAGCACAAAGCCAGAAAAUACAGAACUUGGAAAAACUGUAUCUGGCAAGUUUAAGACAUAUGGGAGAGGGACAUCGACAGGCUAAAGAAAAUGAACCUGACUUGGACGCUCUGGCUCAGCGGGCAGCAGAAAGAAAAAGAAAAGCUGAACUGAGGCAUAAAGAAGCCCUUAAAGUGCAGAAAAAUCAAAAAGAAAUGUUGAUGAAACAGAAAACCAGGCAUAUAAAAGCUCGAAAGGAAGCAUUGCUUGUGGAAAAAGAGAGAUCGGCUAAAGUGGCCAGGCUGCCGCCUCCUGUCCCGGCCCCUUUUGAGAACAUUGAAGUGAACAGAAUUCCUUCCUUGAAGACCAAUAGUUCCACCUACCAUCACAUUUCAACUUUUGUGAGCAGACAGAUGGGCACAAAGCAGCCAGAUGCUCAUUUGGCCGCUGAAGAAGAAGCUAGACGACUGGAAGGCCUGCGGAGACAGGCAGCACAGCAGAGGGGGGAGCGGUUUGCAAGGGCACACAUGCGGGGAUCGCGUGCCAUGAAGAAGGUCCACUUGGCCCAAAACCAAGAGAGACUAAUGGAAGAACUCAAACAGCUGCAAAAAGAGGACCUGGCACGUAGGAGACAGACAGUGGCACAGAUGCCCCCACAACUGGUUGAACUGCCGUACAGACGCAGUGAGGUGAAAGAAGACUGGCAGCGAGAGCUGGAGUGCGCCUUUGAGGACAUGUAUAAUGCAGACAGGAAGGUGAAAGGAAACCUGAUUUUGCAUCUUGCACCAGAGCCUUUGCCUGACAUGUCUGAUCAGCUCCAGGAUGAAGAACUGGACCUUUCAAUGGAACGAGAAAAUCGAGUACCUUUUGCAAUGAAGACCCAACAGAUCCCCUCAAGAAUUCUUUUUAAAAGAUUGUUAAAUAAGAUUCGAAACCAAAAAUCUCUGUGGACAAUUAAAUCCGUGUCUGAGGAUGACAGUGAACUGACCACAAGCAUCAGUGAGACUGAGGGUAAAGCACCGACCAUGGAAUCCAUGGAAUCCGGAGCCGUUACCCUCGAGGAAAGAACGCUGUCCUCCGAGCAGGAGCAAGUCAUGGACAGUGAUAGGCUGACAAUUGAAUCUGGACCACUGAGUAGUGAAGACAAGCCAUUUUUCUGCCAAGCAGAUGCUGGAAAGGAACAAGCAGUUGCUGCAUUUCUACCUGUCACAACCGUGACUCAAUGUUCAGUACUACUUCAUCCUCAGGAAGAAGCAGCCAAAAUUCGAAUGUCAGCAAGGCACAAACAGAUAAUGGAAAUAGAAGAGCAGAAGCAGAAGCAGUUGGAAUUACUUGAACAAAUUGAGCAACAGAAGUUAAGGUUAGAAACCGAUUGUUUCCGGGCUCAACUGGAAGAAGAAGAAAAUAGAAAGAAAAUUCAACAGCCUGAGGUUUGCUCUGCUCCAGUGUCACAUGCUGUGAUUUCUGAUGAAGACUGUCACAGGCAGAUGAUCCGUAACUAUCAACAUCAGCUCUUACAACAAAACAGGUUACACAAGCAGUCUGUUGAAACUGCUAGGAAACGAUUACUUGAAUACCAAACUAUAUUAAAGGAAAGAUACCCAUCCAAGUCACCCAUGUCACUGAUACCUGAUUCUGUUAUAUCAGGACCAACACAGAAAUCCCAAAAGUCUGCUGCUGCAGCAGAUCACUGGGUUCCAUGCCAGAGACUGAAGCUGAGUCCUGACAAAUGUCAACCUGUGCAGUCCUCACAGAUCCCCACAUUAGAUCAAAGUCAUAUUCAGGCAGUAAGACAAGGUCAUUUUCCACAGAGGCAAGGAGAAACAGGUGCAUCAGAGAUGUUAGCCAAGCAAUCUGUCGGGUCACAGGAACACCUGCUGCAAUUCUCUCAGGCAGAAGCACAUCAGAGAGACUAUAAAUUUGUCCCUAAAGAUUCUCAUGCACCUUCAAGAACUUUGUCUUACAAUAGGCCACAAAUGUUACUGGAUACUGGAGAAGUUUCUAAACCACUGAGGACGACAACUUGCCAAACUUUAGAUUCCCAACGUAUAUCAUCAGAAGAUUGUGAAACUAUAUCUUCUAAGCCAACUGAACCAUCUUCAUUUCUCCCACUGGUACCUGAACGUUCUUUUACUAGUCUCCCAGUUAAACAUGAAUCUGGAAAAGUUCAAGAACCCUUUACAACCAUAAGCAAAAGUACAGUUUCCGUAAACCAGUCUGUAAUCAGUCAAAUUCAUGAUCAGCCUUUGUCAUCCUCAGGCACAAUCAAAGCCCAGCAUAGUAACUUAAAGUUUCCCCAAGAACAGUUAGAACUACAGAAGGAAAGUCUUCAAGCAAGACAAGAGGCUCAGGAAAAGCUUGCUUAUUGCACACAGAAAGAACUGGAAAAGCAGGCUGGUCUCCCAGUAUUCCUCCCAUCAUCAUCUGGAGAUUUAUUUACUUCACUGCCAUCUGCCUCAGCUGAAUCAGGGAAAAUUCAGGCAUCUUCAGCAGAAAGUGAGGCCACUGUUUCCUCAGGCAUCAUGGACAGGCUCUGGGGUUUUUCACAGCCUGUCUCCUCACAGCAAACUAAUUUGGAAUUUCUCCAAGAACAGAUCAGUGUACAGAAGGAUAACCUUCAGGCUAGGCGGGAAGCCCAGGAAGUUUUGCUGGCACAUAAACAGAGUAAACUGGAUGAAAUUGUACAUUCUGAGCAGACCAGGCCCUUUGGACCACAUCACAUGACUCAGAAGCCAUUUAGUUCACUAACGUUGACUGAUAGGCAUUCUAGAAAAAUCCAGGAACAGCCUUUUCCUACAAACAAGAAAGGGCUUCUCCCAAGCCAGUCUGAAAUCUCAAGAUCUCAGGAUGGGUCUUCAAGUUUUAUACAGCAGAUCCCACCUAUCCACAGUAGUUUAAAGUUGCUUCAAGAACGGCUAGCUACACAGAGGGAUGCAAUUCAGGCUAGAGAUGAAGUGCAAGAAGAACUACUUUUACAUAGAGAAAGAAGUUUGGGAGACACUGUGUUUGGACCAGUAAAGUCACUCUCCUCAGUGGUUACUCAGCAUUCAGAUGCUUCUCAUGCAGUUUCAGAAGUUGGGCCUAAGGGGUCCCAGGAACUGUAUUCAUCUGAGAAGGAGAAUGUAGUUCCCGCUAGUCAUUUGAUCACCCCAGCACUUGAGGAGGAGACUCAUGGCUUUCCACAACACAGACAAGAACAUUUUACAACACUCCAGGAACAAUUACACAUUCAGAGGGUUAUACUUGGUGCUAGAAAAGAAACUCAGAAAUAUGCACUCAAAGAAAAUGAAUUAGAAAAAGGACUUCGUUGUCAACAAACUGGCACCCUGUCUUCUUCAUCCCAGGGAGCUGAAUGGGAAAGAUCCCAGGAGUUUCUAUCAGUCAAGAGUGACAGUACAGAGCCCUUAAGCCUUAAGAUUCCAGGAUUUCAGGAAAGGCUGGUUAGAUUUUCACAACAUACAUUUCCUAUGCAAAAUAAUGUGGAGGAAAACCACGAAUGGGAAUUCAUAGAAAAAGAGAGUUCAUCUCAACAGACAGGUCUUUCUUCCUUCAUGCCCUCAUUAGGACCAUUGUCAUGUGUGUCCUUGCCUUCUGCUGACUCUGGUACAACACAGAGUGACAGUAAAGUAACAUCAAGCCAUCUUCAGGUACCAGAAUUGCAGGAUAGGCUUCGGAAGAUAUCCCAACUUAUCCAGCCUCAACAAGACAGCUUGAAGGCCCUUCAAGAACAGUUAGCUACACAGAGGGAAGCCAUCAUCCAAUGUAAACAAGAAGCUCAUGAAGAAAUACUAAGAGAGUGGAAGGAAAGAGUGUUCCCAGAGCAGGUUGGUCCAUCUCCCCUGAUACCUCAGCAUUCACUUGCUUCAUUCCCUCUUUCUGACUCGGAAAGAACACAAGAACUUUGCUCAAGCACCAGUGAAGAUGGAGUAUCUUCCAGCUCUUCUGAGAUGCUGGCUUUGCCUGGCAGGGCAUUGGGUUUAUCACAUACUGCUUUACCUCAGCAGAGUAAUGUGACCGCACACCCAGAACACCUCCAUGCACAAACGAAUUCCUUUCAUUCUAUGGAGAAAGCCCAAGAAGAGUUGAUGUUUCCCAAACCAUGUAAAUUUGCAGAGAUAGAACAUUUUAUCCAUCCUCAUCAUGGUGACUUGAAGGCACAUCAACAGCAGUUAGAUGUGCAAAGGAAAGCCACUAGAUCUGACCAGGAGAUACAAGAGGAACUGCUUUUGAUGAGGUUAAAUACAUUGGAGCAAAGGGUAUCUUGUAAACAGAUUAGUUCCUCUUCGUUUUCGGAACAGAUACCACUAUCCGUUGCCAACUCUGAAGGGAGCCUACAGUCUUUCCCAACCAAAAGUGAUGACCCUGAAAUGCCCAGCUUCCAUGGUGAGCUACCUCAGCAGGAUAACCUGACUAUGCAGUUGGACUUAGAAAUGUUGUCUCAUAAAGACCUGCUUUUACACAAACUAAACAGCCAGGAUAAAAGUGGCUCUCCUGAGCAUGCCAUCCCUGCUUUGUUUCUCUCCAAGGAAAUAGAGCACCCAUUCAUUCCAUUACCUUUUGCAGAAGCUAAAUCUGAAAGCAUUUGUGAGGCGUAUUUACCUAAAAAGGAACUUGUAGCUCCUUCUAGGGAGGCUGUGACCCCAAGAAUGCAGAACAGACUUUUGAGUUACUCCCAGCCUGUCUUAACUCAGCAAGACAACAUGACUCUUCAGAAGCAGCUGCAUCUACAAAGAGAAGCUCUGCACUCUAGACAAAAAGCCCAAGAGGAGUUACUUAUGCAGAGACAGACAGCCUUGAAACAGCAAAUGGAAAAACACAAAGAGACUUUGAAAGAGUUCUUGAAUAUCAGUCAGGCACGGAAAUCCACAGGAGAAAAUGACUUGAAAAUUCAAAAUAUAGACGAGCUCAGAGGGUGGCUUCCUCUCAUCCAAGCCCCUGCCUGGGGAGUCUCUGAUCAGGAGGGGUCUAGUGGUGAGCAGCCACGUUCAGCAGAUGUCCAUGGUGAACACAGUGGUGAGAGUCUGGGCAAAGAUCUGAGUGGUAGAGCCUCUAAGCCACCUGUCUCCAAAGUGAAAUGUGGUUUGGACUUAAACCAGCAUGAGCUUAGUACGAUACAGGAGGUGGAGUCACCAGCAAGUGGCAGGACUUCCAUACCAGGUAAAUCAGAUUUUUGUCAAGAUCGAGACCCCUUAAGGGUCUCAGUAAGCAGAGAACAAAGUUUCCUGGGGAGUCCACUGGCAUGUGACCCAUUUGGUCGUCACCAACCACCUGCCCAGAACAGCAGAAGCCAUGACUGUGAUGAAGCAGGUAAGUUGAAGUUGGCCAGAGAUAAGGCUGAAACACAAGAGAUGUCUCAGGAGCUGUUAUCUUCAGUAACUGUUUCUACUGGAAGCUUCUUAAGCUAUGAAGUCACAGAUUUGAGCCUAACAGAUCCAGAGUCAUUUUCGGAACAGACGGAGCUUCAAGAACAAGACUCUACCACUAAACAAGAAGAGACUUCUCCUUUUAGUUGUGCAGUGCCUUCAACGCCAGUCAUUUAUCAGCAGCUGUACCCCUUGGGUGCUAGUGAGUCUCUAUUGCCCAAGGAGGAAGAAAAGGCAUCCGAUCAUACACAUGUUCAACAGAUCAUAGACAAGGAUUUACAUGAAGCAAAUUUGAUACCUGAAAAAAGAGACUUGCAGGUUUCAGGUGUGGACCUUGACUUUCCAGAACUGGAACAUGUAUUUCCACACUUGCAUCACCAGCUCUUUAAACCCUUGAAGCCAUAUCUAGAUUUUGACUUAUCACCAUUCUCCUCUGGGAUUUCUCUAGACAACAGAGACUUUCAUGAGCAGAGCUCAGAAUCUUCAUCUAAGAAACCUGAUGUUAAGGUUUCCUCCAGAAGCACAGCUUGUUUCACAGCACUUAGGGCCAAUUCAGAGCAGCCUGAUGUUAGCCUAGCUCAUGCUGCAACACAGAAUUUUGGUGCUGAAGGACCUGAACAAUCUUUCAAGCAGCUUCUACUAGAAUUUUCUUCACAGGAAAGCCAACAUGCUGAUCUACCAAGUAUUUACAGCAUCGAAGCAAGAGGUGCCUCCCAAGGCAGGGAAAACCAUGACUAUUCUGAACAGACAGAAAUACAAAAUAAGAAAAAAAGUGUUCAUUUUCAGUCCUCAACAGAGAACCAGAGUCCAGUGUGCAGUUCUCCCGAUGGUUCCACUGUAUUUAAUCAGUUACACCUCCUGCGGAGCUCUCCAGACUCUUCUACCUCUAUGCUGGGCUUUGAGGAGCUGUCAAGAAAAGCGGUUACACUGCCACAAAGCCAAAGGCUCACUCAAGAUAAGAAUGAAGCUAUUAUAAAUCCACCUGUAGAAAACUCCGAGGGGUCUCAUUCAUUGAGUGUUCAAAAUGAAAUGUCUAUUCAGAACAGAUUUAAAACUGAAACCACAAACCCAUCUCAGGUAUCAGAAGCAGAGCACAUUACAAAUUCAUUUCCGAGCUCUAUUCCUGUCUGGGAAACAGAAUCUGGCUAUGGUAUAAUGGAGGAACCAGAUCUCACGCUAGUAAGCACCAGUGACAUCAGCAUUGCUGAAACAGAUCUUGCUAACUUAACCCUUGAAGAGAGAGACAGUAAAGCACAGAGCUGUUCUCAGGUAAAUGCCAUUAGCCCUAUGGAGGACUUGCUCAACCCCUUACUCAGGCAGCAAGUUUUGUGCCUUAAACAGGUUAAGUUAUGCAGGAGUUGGUGCCAGCAGCAACUUUUGCCUAAUGGUACCUUGUCUGCAAGGUUAAAUGGGGGCCCAAGAUUUGGUUGUUUUCUAACAAAGCCUAGAAAACACAGCAAAACAAAGUUACUUUCUCAAAAUCAGGCAGGUGCAUCUUCAGCAGAAACCUCUGUUUAUGGAGCUGCAUUAGAGUCUUGUAUGGAUCAACCCCAAGUGGCACCUUCAGUCACAAUGAAAAGAAAAAAGACAUUUAUGGAACGAUCCUACCAGAGACAGAGAGAGAUGCGGAUGCGGAAUAAAACUCAGCUCACAACAGGUUUGUCCCUGAGCCGCCGGAAGGGUGUUAGUAAAGUCAGAGCACCUCUCCCUGAAGAGAGAAGGACCACACAAUCCCUCAUACACCAGAGGGCACUAAGAUUAUACAGGCAGUUAGCUGAAGUAAAACAGCAAAGAGAAGAAAAAACAAAGCAAGAAGUCUGUGCCCAAAAUAUAGCAAGGGCAAAAGAAUUUCAUAAGAAAACACUAGAGAAACUUCGAGCCAAAAAUACAUGCUGACUUCCUAUAAACUGUGUAAAGGGUUUUCUUUUAGUUUCAUGUAUAAAACUAGACAAAAUUAUUUAUUGUAAAUAAAUUUUUAUUUAAGGGA